UCCACACUCUGUAAGGUUUCUUACACCCUGCCAUACCUCCUUCAUGUUGUUGAAGAAGAAGUAGGUACACCUGUAGCCGUCUUCUAUCGCCGUGUGUACUGUAUAUUGUAAUACGGGUGCACUUGAAAUGUUGGAGUGGCUUGGUACGUCUGUCCAAUAUGCAAUAUCCAACUUAAAACUAACUUCAUUGCGAUCAAGAACAACGGCUCCAGGAAGUGUAAUACAGAGCAAUGCGAGCAACUGAAAGUUUAAAUGGAGACAUUGAGGAAACGCUAUAAAUACAUCUUGAACUGCAUCCUGGCAGCAUUGAUAGUGCUUCUUAUAUAUGUCUGCUUUGAAGGACAGUCAGGGAACCUGAAUUCUUUAGCUUUCAAGAGACCAGCACCAGCACCAGCAUCAGCAUCAUCAUCAUCAUCAUCAUUAUCAUCAUCAUCAUCAUCAUCAUCAUCAUCAUCAUCAUCAACAUCAUCAUCAGUAGUAGCAGCGGAAACAGUAGCAACAGAACAACAAUGGGAGGAUCCCGGGCCGUAUCACGUAGCCUAUCCACGAAACUACAAAUUCAUCAUGGAGGACACACCGACAUGUAAUAGCAAAACUCCUUUCCUGGUCCUGAUGGUUCCAGUUGCGCCCAGCAACAUAGCAGCUCGGGAUGCCAUCCGAAAGACAUGGGGAAAUGAGAAACUGGUUCUAGGUCAGUUGGUGGAGACUCUCUUCAUACUGGGCCUACCUGGAGGGGCUGAUGCAGAGCAGCAGCAGGAGAGACUCAAACAGGAGAACCUGCAGCACCAUGACCUCAUCCAGAGUGACUUCCAGGACAGCUACCGCAAUCUGACCAUCAAGACUAUGAUGAUGCUGGAGUGGCUGGUUGCACAUUGUGUCAAGGCUUCCUAUAUCAUGAAGGUUGACUCAGAUAUUUUUGUGCACGUCUACAAUUUGGUUAAACUGUUGCUGAAUCCUAACACAGCCAAACAAAACUACAUGUCAGGUUUGGUAUGGUGGCACAGCCCGGUUUUAAGAAACCCAUCUAACAAGUUCUACAUGCCAGAAGCGGUGAUUGCUGAGCCAGAGUACCCCCCAUAUCCUCUGGGCAUGGCCUAUGUUAUGUCCUUAGAUCUGCCUGGGAAGAUCCUUGGAGUCUCCCCUCAGAUUAAACCUUUGUACAUUGAAGACGUCUACCUGGGACUUUGCCUAACACGCCUGGGCAUUUCCCCCAUUGACCCUCCUGAAAAUACUAUGUUUGUAGUCAAGACCACACAUCCUCUGAGCGACUGCAGUAUUUCAAAAGUGAUUGCAGUGACAACAACGAGCAUAUCACAGAUUACGAGCUACUGGAAGAGAAGCAAACAGGCUAAAUGCUGAACUUUAGACUUUUUGGUGGUGGGCUCUUUCAUAUAUUUAUAAUAUAUGUAUGGAAACGAGGUUAUGGACAUAUAUUCAGUAAGCACUGAAUUAAUUGGUACUGAAUCUGACAAAAUAAUCUGAAAAUAUUUGUGUAAUGAUAGCUACACCACUUCUAUGUUGGCCUCAUUGACUGAAGUUUAGGGAUGGGAAUCGAGAACCAGUUCUUGUUGAGAAUCAGUUUAUCUAACGAUUCUCUUAUCGAUUCCAGAAAGCACGACAAAUUACGCCAUGUUACUUAUGCAUGUGCAGUGCAAUUAGUAGUAAACAAUGUCACCCACUCGGUUCAAGCGCUCCAAAGUUCGGCUGCAUUUUACCAAAACAGAUGGCA